AUGUCGAUCCAAAAAACCCUCCAAAACCUCAAAUGUAUCAAGAAGUAUGGCAACCUUCCUACCAACACACACCGGAAAGUGGCCGAGGUCGUCAUCUCUUAUGCCUCCAAAACAACCACAACCACUGAAACCCCUGCUGCCGUUCUCUCCACCCUUACUUCCGACAUAGUCAGAUUGGUUCUCUCAGACAGGCGUAUAAAGACUCGCGAAUGCCUAUCGUUCUUCAACGUCAUCUCAGAAAACCGAUCUUUAAUCCCGUUCACUAUCGAAAUAGAACACUACGUGACACUAAUUCACAGGGCGAUAUACUCAAGGAAGUUUGAAGAUGCCGAGACUCUUAUAAAUUCAUUAGCAAAUGAUGGAAAUCUCAGGUACCCAUUUUCAGAUGUAGUUUCCCUUGCUGAGAGCCAAGGUUUUGAUUCUAGGAUUUUGUCAACAUUGUUUAAUUUGAUGCUAAAAGUUUAUUCGGAUAGUGGGAAGUUCUUUGCGGCUUUUGAGACUUUCAAUUAUAUGAGAAACAACGGGAUAACAAUUGAUGAGAGGACGUGUGGUAUUUACUUGACUGCACUCCUGAGAUGUGAACAUUUAGGAUUAGGUUUAGUUUUCUUUUACAAAAUGGUGGAAUCUGGUAUGGAUGUUUCGGUUGUGAUCAACGGAUUGUGUCAAAAUGGGGAGAUCAGAAGGGCUAGACAAUUAGUUGAGGCUGUGUGCAGGAGUGUUGAACCUAAUGUGAUUACUUUCAAUACUUUAGUCAAUGCAUGCUGCGAAAGAAAGAAUCUUAAAGAGUUGGAUUUGGUAUUACUGUUGAUGGAGAAGGAAGGGGUGGAGCGUAAUUUGGAAACCUACAAGCUUAUAAUAGAUGGGUUUUUGAACUUUGGGAAUCUGGGGGGCGCUGAAAGGAUGAUUGCAGAGAUGCAUGACAAAGAUUUCCACGUGGGGAUCUAUCUGUGGAAUUCAAUCAUUCACAAGUACUGUACAUCAGGUAGGAUGGAGAGUGCAUUCCAAGUGUUCGAUGAAAUGCUUCACAGAGGUAUUGCUCCUAAUGCACAUACAUUUCAUAUCAUGGUUAGUGGGAUUUGUGGGAUUGAGAAAAUGGAGGCUGCAAAGGAGUUAGAAAAGAAGAUGGUAAGAAAUGAGAUUGAGUUGGACCAUGAUAUAUUCAGUGAUUUGAUCAAUGAGUGUUGUAAAAAGGAGAAGCUUGAUGAUGUUAUUGACCUGCUUUCAACAAUGGAAAAGAAAAUUGACAACCUUCCAUCCACCACCCAAGUAGCUUACCUAAAAAUGGCUGAUGUCAUCAUCUCCUCCGCCACCCAAAUAUCCACCACCACUAAAACCACCGCCGCCAUUCUCUCCACCCUUACUCCCAACAUUGUCAGAUUGGUCCUCUCAAAUCGGCGAAUCAAGACUGGUAGAUGCCUAUCAUUCUUCAAAAUCAUCUCAGAAAAUCAAUCUCUACUCCCAUUCAAGAUCGAAACAGAACACUAUUUAACACUGAUUUGCAGGACAAUAAAGUCAUUUAAGUUUGAAGAUGCAGAGACUCUUAUAAAUUCAUUAGCCAAUGAGGGGAAUCUCAGGUACCCAUUUUCAAAUGUAGUUUCUUUUGCUGAAAGUCAAUGUCUUGAUUCUGGAAUUUUGUCAAAAAUGUUCAAUUUGAUGCUAAAAGUUUAUUCGGAUAGUGGGAAAUUCAUUGAGGCUUUUGAGACUUUCAAUUAUAUGAGAAACAACGGAAUUGCAGUUGAUGAGAGGACGUGUUUUAUUUACUUGAUUGCCCUCCUGAGAUGUGAACAUUUAGUGUCAGGAUUAGUUUUCUUUUACAAAAUGGUGGAAUCUGGCAUCCAUGUUUCGGUUUAUUCUUUGACAGUUGUGGUAGACAGAUUGUGUAAAAAUGGUGAGAUCAAAAAGGCUAGAGAAUUAAUCGAGGCUGUGUGCAAGAACAUUGAACCUAAUGUGAUUACUUUCAAUACAUUAGUGGAUGCAUGUUGCAAAAGAUGGAAUUUUAAAGAGCUUGAUUUGUUAUUAGUUUUGAUGGAGAAGACAGGGGUGGAGCUUAAUUUAGAAACCCACAAGUUUUUAGUAGACGGGUAUUUAAGCAUUGGGAAGCUUGGAGAUGCUGAAAAAACAAUCAUGAAAAUGCACGAUAAAGAUUUGAUUGUGGAGAUCUAUUUAUGGAAUUCAAUCAUUUUUAAGUAUUGUAAAUUAGGGAGAAUGGAAAGUGCAUUCCAAGUGUUUGAUAAAAUGCUUCAGAGAGGCGUUGUGCCUAAUGCAGAGACAUUCCGUAUCAUGGUUAGUGGGAUAUGUGGGAUUGGGGAAAUGGAAGCUGCAAAAAAGUUGGCAAAUAAGAUGCAAAGGAAGGAGAUCGAGUUGGGGCAUGAUGUUUUUGAUGAUUUGAUCAAUGGGUGCUGUAAAAAAGGGAUGCUUGAUGAUGCAGUUGGACUGCUUUCAAUGAUGGAAAAGAAAGGAUUGUUUGGUGAUGCACGUUUGUAUAACAUGGUCAUUGUUGGUUUAUGUGAGUUGGAUCGUGUUGAAGAAGCAAGCAGACUUUUGAGCAUUGUGGUGAAAUGUGGAGCAACCCCUGAAACAAGUUUUAUCCAGUUUUUGGCAAAUGGUUAA